UGAAAAUAAAUUUUUAACGGUUGACUGUAUAAUAUAGCAAGUGGGUAAGAUAAGUACAGUAGUUAAGAGUCUGGUAAUCUUUAGUAAUUAAUCAAUUAAAAAUGUGAUAUAUUACAUGGAUUGACUGAUAGGCAUUUAAAUGUUUCUUUAUCUAUUUUGGUAUAUUUUUUAUAUGUAAUUUGACCCGCUUUAAUAAUGGUUAAAUACUAAAAACAAAGAUAAUAAGCAAUUAAAAUAGGUACAGAUAAAGAAAAGUAGGAACUUGAUAUAUAAUUCGUCAGUAUUUGAUUCUAGAUAAAACUCUUCUAAAACACGUGGGUUCUAUUAUUUGUUCUUGAAGAGAUAAAGCCUUUCAAACUCGAUAUGUUAUAUAUGCUUUAGAUUCAUAAAUUUCUAUAUUAUUACUAGAUAGUCAGUUUCUGAUUUGAGAUAAAGAUAAUUCAACCGAGAAAGAGAAAUCUGUAAAGUAAAAGAAGUGAUCGAAUUUGUGACCAAGUUGAUGCUUAAAUCACGUUUUUUGAUAUAACGAAAGUAAGGCAGACGGUUCACUAAAGGUAAAAUUUUUAUCUCAUGAAGCAUAAAUUGAUAUAUUGGGCCAAACUGUUAUCUAAAUCUUACCAUAACUAUAAUCUAUAUCAAAAUUAUUCACUACAUUUUCUGAAGAAAUCAUAUUUGAAUAAUAUUUCCUGUAGAUAUUUACAUAAAAUGAAGCUUUCCACUCCAUUAUUUCAAACUCUACUAACACCAGAAGUUAAAGAACUUGCAAGUAUAUUUCAACGUUAUGGCUAUGAAUUACGCAUUGCAGGAGGAGCAGUCAGAGAUUUACUUAUGAACAAACAACCACUAGAUAUUGAUUUUGCAUCAACAGCUACUCCUCAACAAAUGAAAGAGAUGUUCACUGCAGAAAAUAUUCGCAUGAUAAGUGCAAAAGGAGAAUCACAUGGGACUAUUUCUGUUCGAAUAAAUGACAAAGAAAACUUUGAAAUUACAUCAUUGAGAAUUGAUGUAAAAACUGAUGGCAGACAUGCUGAUGUGGUGUUUACAACAGAUUGGCAGUUGGAUGCUAGUCGGAGAGAUCUUACAAUUAAUUCUAUGUUUCUUGGAUUGGAUGGUACAUUAUAUGACUACUUUAAUGGCACUGAUGACCUUAAUAAGCAUAGGAUAAUUUUUGUUGGUGAUCCUACUUUACGUAUUAAAGAAGAUUAUUUAAGAAUAUUGAGAUAUUUCAGGUUUUAUGGCAGAAUAGCAGUUGAUCCUAAUUGUCAUGAUGCAGACACUCUAAAUGCAAUAAGAGAGAAUGCAGAAGGUUUAGGAGGAAUAUCAGGUGAAAGAAUAUGGAUGGAAUGGAGUAAAAUCUUAACAGGAAACCAUUGCAAAGAAAUAGUUAAAACGAUGAUUGAAAUUGGUCUUUCACCCUAUAUAGGUAACUUGUUAUAUAUAAAUUUGUUUAUUAUCUGUUGAUAUUUUGCAUUGCGAGAAUAUUUCUAUAUGUUUAUAUGAUUUAUUAAUUAUGACUUGUGCAGAAACUUGUCUUACAGAUUAAUUUAUUCACAACUUUAAACUGAAUUAGUUAAUUAGCAGUGUAUAAAG